AUGUCCAAGCCCGUUUCGCCUGCAUCUGACCUUUCUACCAACCCUUCUGUGGUGGCCCCGAGUCUUCCCAAUGAAGUAGCUUCGGGUUACCCUUCUCCUACGGCCUCGUCCAGCCAAACCGACAUUUCGGACACCACCAACAAGGUCAGGAAGAAGUGCAUUGACAUUUACCGAAAGCAUGAGGACCUCCCACCCCUGGAACCUAUCAGUUUGGACGAUCUUCUUGGAACCAAGCUUGUCAAGUACUCCUGGAAUGGAAAGAGAUUGAUGCUCAAUCCUGACCCCAAUGCUCACCCCGAUCAUGAAGACUUCGAGAACAUGAAGAUUUUGAAGCUGGCUCUUCCCCACCCUCAUCGCCACCCUGAGCUUCUAUCUAUUGUCUGCAAGGCGUUUGACUAUGACGAGAUGGAUUAUCGCCUGGCUUAUGACCGUCAUUUGGCUUGCUUCAAUCUCAUCACGGAUGUGGAAAUCCCAACUCCUUGGGGUGACGAUUCUCCUGAAGAUACCUUUGCUAGUGCCUUUGAAGAGUUGGAAGAAAAGUUUGCGAAGGAAGAUGCCAAAGAAAAAGAAGAAGAGACGAACGGUAGCGAAACCCUUGGUAGCGAGGACACGGAAGACGGCAACGAUAGUGAAGAAAUUGACUCCCCACCUGCCAUCAAAGGACCUGGCAAAGGCAAACGUUCCUUCGAUGUUUUGUCCCAAGUUGCUACUGCCGGUACCGAUUUCGAUUGCGAUUCUUCUUUUAGUAGUCUGGAUGCUGCGGAGCGGUUGCUCUCGACUCCUCCUGCGAAGAAACAAGCUUUUGCUGUUAAAUCGCCUGAAUAUUGA